UCUUUGACUAAAAUACAGUACAUUACGUUCGACAUGUCUCUCUAUCAAAAUCUCGCUCUCAAUGGCUCUUUUGCCUGGCAAGGCUUGCGCCAUCCAUUGGAUAUGUACUCAAGUCUUGGUCCUACGUUGAGCGAAGCUACCUUUGGCUUGUUGGGAUUCUCCUUUGAGCCGAGAAGAGAUAUUGGCGACCUCUCCGGGAAGGUCAUUUUUGUCACAGGAGGGAAUGCUGGUCUUGGAAAAGAGACCGUUCUUCAGCUUGCGCAACAUAACCCGUCCCGCAUAUACCUCGCCGCUCGAGAUGCCACUAAAGCUCGCGAGGCCAUCAGCUCGAUUCAUGACACUAUUUCCGCCUCCGUCGACAUCAGACAUAUUGAUCUUGAUUUGUCUUCUUUCCAGUCUAUACGCGAUGCUGCAGAGAAGUUUUGCUCGGAGUGUGACCGCUUGGAUAUCCUGAUCCUCAACGCCGGCACCAUGGCGAAUCCGCCAGAGCUUACAAAGGAAGGGUUCGAAAUUCAAUUCGGAACAAAUCAUAUAGGCCAUUUCCUGCUUACCAAACUGCUCCUCCCCACGCUAAAAAAAACCGUCGGAAGCCCCUCAUCAGAUGUAAGAAUAGUGACGUUGAGUUCCGUGGGGAGCCAUGCUGCUCCGUCCUUUGAUGUCAUGACCUCAACGUCUGCUCUCCUGGCCGCCCACACGCUAGUCCGUUAUAGCGCGUCCAAAGCUGCCAAUAUCCUUUUCGCGUCGGAGCUUGCUCGCCGAUACCCAGAGAUUCUCUCGGUUUCUGUUCAUCCGGGUGCAGUGUCCAGCGAACUAUAUCGCCAUACCAGCGCGAUGAAUGCCGUCUCAAGAUUUGGGCUUAAUAUACUUUCUACUGUGUUUCGUAGUAUACGCACAGGAGCAAUGAAUCAGCUCUGGGCGGCUGGGACGGAGAGAGAGCAACUGGUCAACGGGGCUUACUAUGUCCCAAUCGGGGUGCGCGGCUCGAGCAGAUUCGCCGAUGAUGCAGACAUGGCACGAAAGCUCUGGGAAUGGACGGAGAAUCAGAUCGCCGAGAAAUCGUGA